AGCCGCCGACUUCCCCAGCCCGUCGCUGGAGCGGAGCGGAGCGGCGGGCCCCGGAAAGCCCGAAGCGGACGGGUCACGGAGCCGGUGACCCGGCGGGGAGGCGCGCACGGAGGGACCCCCGGAGCCGCAGCGCUGGAAACUGCAUAUUUGACAAUAAGGAUCCAACCACACUCCAGCUCCUGCUGUUGCAACACAAGGGAAAUCCAAGUAUCCAGUCUGGUGCUGCCUCUUAUGGAUCAGCUGUCCCCCUGCCAUGCUACAGCCAAUAUCCUUAGCAACACCCUGAGUGAUUCAUGAUGGAAGGGUGUGAUAUCUGUCGGUGGCCCGGAUAGAUUUUAAGUCAAGAUUCAUGUGGGCACUUCUCAUCUGACUGCUACCCCGAUAUGGCUGGCUGGGUCAGGCGGCUCCUGCAGAAACCCAAGCAAAAUUCCAGCUCCGCAGGAAGCAGCUUGAACACCAAACAGUCACGCUCCUCCUCUUCCUCCUCCUCGGUGACAACCGCCAGCUCUUCCACCAGCAGUUCAGCGGCCAGCCUAGGACAACUGUCUCCUGCCUCCCAGGUGAGCAUCAGCAGCUCAGGGAGUGCCCGCUGGGCCAAGAGCUAUGACGUGUGCAUCUGCCACAGCAACGGGGACUUUGAGUUUGUCGAGGAGAUGGUCUCCUAUCUGGAGAGCCAGACUGAGGGCAUCCGCUGUUUCCUGCAGCUGCGGGAUGCUAUGCCGGGGAGUGCUAUCACCACAGAGCUCUGCGACGCUGUCCAGAACAGCCACUGCUGGGUCCUGCUAAUAACCCCUAGCUUCCUCGAGGAUCCCUGGUGCAGGUACCAGAUGCAUCAGGCGUUGGCAGAGGCGCCGAUGGCCAAUGGGCGCACCAUCCCCGUGCUGAAGGGCAUUGACCGGAGAGACUACCCCCGGGAGCUGAGGUGCCUCUAUUACAUUGAUAUGACACGCAAGGAGAAUGGCUUCAGGCAGAUUAAGGACACGAUCCUGCGCUACCUGCAGGAGCUCUGUCGAAGCACCGUGAGCAGAAUAGAGUGACUGGAGUCCUGCAGGGGAAGGGAGCACCUUGAGAAAGCAGAUCCCGGCCGACGGGAAAUGGAAGGAGAAUCCACACUGUGGUUUCCAAAGUCUCUGGAGCUGCCUCAUUUGAUCUCAGUGGAGAGCAGAUUCCAGGUGGCCUAUGGCCAAGUUCCCCGAUGCACAAAGCACCUGUAGAAUUACAAAUGGGAACAGACUCUCACGAGGGCUUCCGAACAGAAGCAUUUCUCUUGCGUCCGGCUGCUCCACACCAUGAACAUUAAUACCUGGCACUGCUGAGAGGACAAGCAAAAUACCUAACACCAAUGGAGAGUGAGGCUUACGUGUGGCUUCUAGCGCUAAAGAGUUGAAAGAAGCAUGUUCCACGUUGUACUGUACAGUGCAGGGGACUUGGCUGGAACCUGGAGCUUGAGUGUUGGUGACUCCAAUUAGUCGAGGGUAAACACAGGUAAAUGGAGUUUACCCACUUCUCAUUUGGGGAGUAGGGAGUCUAGUUUAGGUUUCUUCCUUUCAGGAAGCUGAUAGGCCGCAAAAUCUCUAAUGACCUUCCAAAAGCCAGUUUAGAGCUCUUGCAAUACCUAUGUUAAAUUCCUCCAAGCCCCAGGGAGCAUAGGCACCGACUCCAUUAUAUAUACUCCACAGCUGUUUGGGUGGCAGCCACCGAUCAGUUGGGGGAGGGUGGAGAGCAGCAGGCGGGUGGGGCCUCAGGGAGGUGUGGAACAGGGCAGGAAGAGGUGGAGCGAGGGCAGAGCCUUGGGGCAGGACAGUGGAGCACCCCCGGAGGUGGCGGGGGGGGGGGACUCAGUGCCUCUGUCAAGGAGUAUAAACUGACAUGAGGUUUCCCCUUUUGGAGCUGUGACACUCCUAUGAAGAGGAGCAAGUGUAACGUCAGUUUUAGUUUUGAUUUUUACAAUUGUAAUUUAAACGUGUGUACAAAUGAAUGCAGAAAAGUGUUAUUUUUAUCCAA